AGAGACCGAACGCACAGGAAGGGCGGGCGGGGGAGAAGGUUCCAAAUCGUGACCGGGAGUCCGCGAUGGACUAAGUUGGAGAAGGGGGCAUCCAUAAACCGGAUGGAAACCGGAUUAGCUCGGAAGCAGCGAGGCUCGCGGGACGAUUAGGGGAACUUGCCAAGCGCUGCCUCACCCCGCUGGGGACAUGGCGACAGCGCAGGCCGAGGCAGCGGCCGGCAUCGAGGGGCUCCCCCCGCUGCCCAAGGGGCUGAGCGGGAUCCUGAACUCGGCCGGCGGCUCCUGGAGGGAGAUGGAGCGGCUCUACACCAAGAAGACUAUGAUCCAGGAGGAGCUCAGCCGUCCCCGGCCGGCCGCAGGCAACCUCCGCCGGAGCAGACCGGCCAACCUGGACGCGGCGCUCGCGUCCCUGCGGAAGGAGAUGGUGGGCCUCCGGCAGCUGGACAUGUCCCUCCUGUGCAAGCUCUGGUCGCUCUACGAGGCCAUCCAGGAGUACAAGGGCCUGUACCAGGACGCCAGCGCCGCCGCGGCCCCCGAGGGCCCCUUCUCCCCGGAGAACAGCUACUACGAGGAGGAGGAGGAAUACGAGGCCGAGCAGGCGGGGGACGAGGCACCGCGCAGCAGUCUGAAGGUUCCCCACACCCAGAACUCCCGGGACAAGUGGCUGGAGGACUCCUUCCACAUCACGAUAUGAAGUAGAAACCGUUGGGACUGGUAGUUUCCGUUCUGAAAACUGGUUUUGGUCACCUUUUGUGUUCUGCUGUCUGACACCUUGACUUCACUGGGAAGCGUGGCGGUUAGCGCGACGCGUCGCCGUACCAGCGUCCCCGGGUUCCAUUCCCGCCGCGGCCUGUGAGGUGUUUGUACAUUCUCCCCGUGACCGCCUGCGUGUCCACCGGGGGCCCCCACUGUCUGAAGACGUACCGGUUGGUAGGUUAAUUGGUCAUUGUAAAUCGUCCCAUGAUUAGACCAGGAUUAAAUCGGGGGAUUGCUGGGCGGCUCGACUUGAAGCGCCGAAAGGGACUGUUCCACAUUGUAUCUCAAUACGUAAAUAAAACUUACACCCUAAGGUAUCAAAUGCAGAGUUAGUGCAUUCAGACCAUUCAAACAUGCUAAUUCCCUUUCUCAACCUGCUCUUCCUGACCCUUAAACCCAUUACCAAUCAAGAACAUGACAACCUCUGCCUUAAGUACUUGGCCUCCACCAUCUAAAUGGCAACAAAUUCCACAGGUUCAUGGCCCGAGAGUUGAAACAUUUUCCUCGUCUGAGGCGGUGCCUUGGGACGCUGCACUCUCCUACCGAUGGAAGCAUCCUCUCCAAGUUCACUAUGUCCAGGAUUCGGUAGAUUUGAAUGAGGUUCCCCCAGGGUUGGGCGCUCCCUGGCCUCUGGGUCAGUGGCGGUGGGGCAAGGCCACAAGAAUAGCAGAUUGACGUGGGAAAUACAGAAGUGGUCCCUCAGGCACUUGGGGAAGGCUUGGUGGGACAGUGUGGAGGCAGAUUCACUCUGCGACUGACCUCCUUUUUCAAAAAUACAAAAUAUCUUUUUUACAAAUUCAGUGCUAUAUAUACAAAACAGUGAUGAACACAA